UUCUAAUCAAACAAAUUACACACACAUUAAGUCUUGUCAUUCUUUAUAUCAAAAAGAAAAACUCUUGUUGAUUCUUCACUAUAGCAAAAAAACAAGAAAGAAAAUGGCACAAUAUCGGGGCAGUUAUAGAUACGGAGAAUAGAGGUAGCAUCGGUUUCUUCUCAGCAUACCGAACACCAGUGCCAUUAGAUAUAUACUCAUCCCCAUUUCCUGUGACAUCGCGCCAUACAGAGCUUCAUAUGACUGAUGGGAAUCACUACAAUUACAAUGGCCAAGCCAUUCCAUCCGAAGCUCUCAAGAAAAUUCUCAACUUUAAAUUGGCUUGUGAAGGCAAUGCGAUUGAUGUAGACUCAUGUUGUUAUUCAGUCGACGAAGAUUCAGGUAGUUUUUCAGUUGAUGAAGAUUCAGGUUUUCUUUCAGGCGAUAUAGAUUUAGAAAAUCUUUCAAUCGAUGUAGAUUCAGGUCGUGUUUCGGGCAUGAUUUUUGUGUCUGAACGUGACCAUCUUGAAAAGCUUUACAUAGCUAUUCGCUUCAAUGAUAGCCAACCCAAAGUCAAAAUCUUUUGUAUUGAUGACAUAUAUGACACAUCUAAUAAUCAUGAUGUUUGUAUGGAGGAUAGUGGUUGUUUUGCUGGUGAUUAUCUUGUUUAUGUCUCCACUAAAAUGGCUCCUCCUAGACGUCGUCAACCAUGGACUGCUGUCUACAAAACUAAUCUUAACACUGCUCAAACUGAACGUCUCACCCCACCAGGAGAAGCUGACCUAAAUCCAUCAGUAUCACCUUCUGGAAAGAUGGUAGCAGUGGCAUCAUUCCAGGGAAAAGGUGGAUGGGAUGGUGAGAUUGAAGAUCUAAAGACAGAUAUUUUUGUGAUGAAUGUAGAUAAUCCUUCUGAUCGCAAGUUAGUUAUAACCAAUGGAGGUUGGCCGAGUUGGGGGAGUGACAAUGUCAUAUUUUUCCAUAGUAAAAGGGAUGGAUUUUGGGCUGUGUUCAGAGCUGACAUUAGCGAGGGUUCACAAUCAGAAUGCAUUCGUGUCACCCCUGAUAACAUAAAAGCAAUGACUCCAGCGGCCAUUGAUGCUAACACUGUGGUUGUUGCAACUGUUCGUGGAAACUAUCGACACAUUGAAAUUUUUGAUUCUACUAAAAAAAAUAUACAAAUUACUGUGAACAUAGCACCAAACACUGACCACUUUAACCCUUUUGUGAUUGAUGGUGGCCAGAGUAUUGGUUACCAUCGUUCUAAAACUAACUUUCUAAAGGAUGGAAAUCAUGAUAUUGAAGAAAAUUUUAAGGAGUUGGGUUGUCCAUUUUCAGAUGUAAAAUUGUUUAGGGUUUCAGGAGUAUUUCCAACUUUUUCUAAAGAUGGCUCUAAGCUUGCAUUCGUCGAUAAUGAUUUCAAGAAUUUGUGGCUAGCUGAUAGACAAGGACUGCAUAAAAUUUAUACAGCAGAAAAUAAUAGCAUCUUCAAACCAGUUUGGAACCAAAAUCCAGGAAAAAAUACAUUGUAUUUCUGUCUGGGUGAACCUUUCAAUCCUAAAGCAACCGUAACCAUUUGGGCCAUGCAACAUGUACGAACAUGUAAACAAAGUACCAAACAACUUACUACAUGUGGCACUAAUAAUGCUUUUCCAUCAUCCAAUCCACAAGGAACGAAAUUAGUAUUUCGAUCUACAAGAAAUGGAGGAGAAAAAGGAUACAAGAAUCUAUACAUAAUGGAAAAUGCAGAAUGUGGUGAGGUUGGAGGAACAAUAACAAGGCUAACAGAAGGGAAUUGGACUGACACACAUUGUAGUUGGUCACCAAAUAAUGAUUGGAUAGUAUUCUCUUCAUCUAGAGAAAAGUCAAAUGAAGCACCAGAAACUGACAAUGGUCUUGACCCAGGAUAUUUUUGUGUGUAUCUCGUGAAUGCAAAUGAUCCAUGUGUUGUGGUAAGAGUAUUUGGAAGUGGGGAUGAUCUUCGAGGGCAUGUAAAUCAUCCAUUUUUCAGUCCUGAUGGUAGGAGUAUUGUUGUGACUUCUGAUUUUGCUGGUGUGUCUGCUGAUCCAGUCUCUAUGCCUAUUCUUCCCCACUCUGUUAGACCUUAUGGAGACAUAUUCACUAUACAAAUUUAUCCAAAUAACAUUGCAAGCAACCAAGAUGCAAUGCAUGUCAAACGUAUUACACAUAGUAGGUAUGAGAAUACUAGUGCUAGUUGGACAAAGUUCUCAACUCAAGACCCACAUGCAGCAUGGAAUAGUCAAUUAGAAUCUAACAAAGAUCACCACUAUAUGCUCAAAUGCCCUUAUGCACAUCCUAAAACAGGUUGAUAUUGCUUUCUUUAGUACUUGAAUUAUUACAAUUAUAGUACUUAUAUUUGUAUCUAACUUAUUCUUUAACUGUCAAAAGUACAAAAUUAUUAGAGUAGUGAAACUUAAGUAUACCUAAAUUAUUUUUUAUUUGGAGCAAAAAUACUAAGAUUAUUAUGUUUGUUAAACAUAAGUACCUACCUAAAUUAUUUUUUUGGUACUUAAGUUUGUCAACGUAAUAAUUUUAGUAUUUUUGCUGUAAAAAAUUAAUUUAGAUAAUUAAGUGCUACAAACAUAAUAAUAAAGUACUUUUGCCACUAAAAUAAUAAUUUAAAUACUU